AUCGCACUCGGCGCACAAGCUUGGAACACAACUGUUCUACAGGAAAAUUAAUCAACGAAUGCGUCAAAUACCCUACUGGCAAAGAUGAGAGAAUCUGAUACUAAAUUGAUACUAAAUUUUAGACAAAGCAAGUGAUAAACGUCUCAUGACAAUUAACCCUUUAUUUGAAAUCUUUUCUUCUCGUUUUUCAUACAGUCACCAAAAAACUGAAUGGAUGAUUUAUCGAAUAAACAAUGAAAUAUUGUAGGUCUGCAUUUGCCUCGGAAUCUACUACUGCACCCGUACUGCAGUAAUUACACAAAAACUAAGUAAGAAAAAUUCUUUAGUGCUCUUAAGAAUUAGAGUUUAUAUGUCUACAAUUUUAGAUAGCAGAACAUGGCUGGGACUAAAAUGUAAACUCGCACAGGAGGUUGAUACCUGGCGCGAGUCGCAGGACACUCUCUGACAUUGAAGUAUUGUUGCAAUGUAUUUUCGUUCCAAACGUUUCUCAGUUUAUCACUAAAAUAAAAAUAUUCUUUUAGACUCGACUGUGGAUUUUUUUGUACACCCUGACCACCAAAAGACCAACAUCUAAUUCAUAAGAACUUACAUUGAUGCAGCGUAUUAAAUGUCAUUAUGGCGACUAAGCUCACAGGGGGAGUGUUGGUUUGUAAAUUGCUAAUGUUUACAUACAAUGAUGAUUAAUAAGGUGCAUUAUGUGUACGAUUUUCGGUUGUGUCUGAGUAAUUACUCGUAGAAAUGGCAGGGACGCAUUCAGAUGGAGAAGAAAGGUUAAACUGGAUAGAAUUCUGCGACAGACAAGCAAGAUCAGCAGCUGCGGAGUUCGCAAAAGCGUUUUGUACGUAUGUGAGCGUCAGUCUUCCAGAAAAUGCGAGGACAACUGUGUCACACAGAGAUUUCGUCAGAAAAUUCCUCGAUUGUUUCGUUGAUCAUUUUGAAAUUGAAUACUCUAGAAGAAGUCUGAUUAGCCAAAAAGAUAAAUUCGUUAACGGCAACAACGUGUUCGCGGCAUCGUCUGCAAACGCUUUACGCGCUAACAGUCACGAAGAAUUUAGUGAUUACUCCGAACACGAAGCGGAUUCGCCAUCUCCGAAGACGCAGCACAAGCCUUUUUUCCGACGGCUCUCUUUCAAGGGACUUAAAAAAGGUAAAGGUUUCUUCCAUAAACAACAUUCAGAUGAAGUUGAACUGUCAUCGCAUCAUCACCACCAUCACCACCACCACCAUCAUGACAGACAUUCAAAACAUGAUAAACAUUCCAAAACAAAAUUAGCGAAAAUUGUAGUUGAGUGUAGGAAAGAGGGAAUAGUGAACUUUUUGAUGGGUGAAAAUAUCGAUGGAACACAAAAGUGGGAAAAGUGUCGCCUGGCAUUGGUGAAAACUGUUGGUGGCUAUAUGCUUGAGUUUUAUUCACCGCCUAAGGCAGUGAAACCAAAAAGUGGUGUCUUUUGCUUUCUCAUUACCGAAGCAAGAGAAACAACUGCUUUAGAAAUGCCGGAUCACGAGAAUACCUUCGUGUUAAAGGCGGAAAACAACAUGGAGUAUGUUAUCGAAGCACAUGAUACAGAUGACAUGCGGUCGUGGCUUGCCACAAUUAAAUACUGUAUGCGUUCUCCAAUGCCAACCAGUGAUAGUCAGGAUGGGAGCCGCAGUCUGCUAGUGAGCCAGAGUGAUUCGAGAGGUGUACCAAAGACUGAAGGUGCAGGAGAUGGUUUAAGUGCAGAAAACCCUCCUGAGCUGCCACCGAGACUUCAAGCAGCUGGACUCCCUCGUGUAGCAUCAGACACUCCGGGACUUCGUCUUUCCAGUAACAGUCAUUUUGAACUCUGUACGUCCCACACAGAUAUAGAGCAAACAGCUGCACCAGUUCCAGAAACGGAGGCAGAUUUGUCGACUGCACUUAAAGAGUACCCAUGGUUUCAUGGAACAUUGCCGAGAUCAGAUGCAGCUCAACUUGUCUUACGCGACGGAGCUGCCGCACAUGGUGUCUUUCUUGUGAGACAGAGUGAGACACGCAAGGGUGAAUUUGUGCUAACUUUCAACUUCCAGGGAAGAGCAAAGCAUUUACGAAUGACGCUCAGUGACCAAGGCCAGUGUCGUGUUCAACACCUCUGGUUUACCAGCAUCUUCGAUAUGCUGGAUCACUUCAGACAACAUCCAAUUCCACUAGAGUCAGGUGGCACAGCCGAUGUCACGCUGACUGAGUACGUGCUGGCACUGCCUCCGGUCACUCCACCGUCCACGACGAGGCCUGUCGUGCCAUCCGCUGCGGCAACCUCGGUUCCUGCCCAGCCCACAGUGCAGCAGCUCCCACCUCAGCCGCAGCCCCAGCCUUCAGGGCCGCAGCAGCCACAGCAGCCGCCAGCCGCGAUGCCGGCCGUCAGCGGAGCGACAGCUGCCGAGGCGAGGAGCCGGCCGCCUCCUCCCCCAGAACCCAUCAGAGAAGUGAUAACAUAUGGAGGAUCAGUUCGAACAAGAACAGAAUCAUUAGAGAACUUGCAGCAGGAAAGACAAAGUGGAUCUGGUGGAUCAGUUGGUGCUGGACGUGCUGUAGAAAAUACUUACAGCUUUGUCUAAUGCAAUAUAACAAUGGACUGUGAGCGUCUGAAUCUUCUUCCUCUGCAUUCUGAAACCUGCUACUGAGUUAUCUGUUUUGUUGAUACAAAAGUGUACCGUUAAUUGUCACAAAGUUUCUUUGUGAAGUGUUUUAGUUAUGCAGUGUUCCUUGUCAGAUAUCUGAGAUGAGAGUUAUCUACUCCUUAGUGGAGUAAACUCAGCGGCGUGUACUUGGCUAGUUAAAAUUGUGUGCUGGACCUUUGAGCUUGUAGAAGACAUGCUUGUACAGUGGAAUUGGUUGUCCACUAGAGGCAUGGACACUGGCCUUGCACAUCUUUUUAACUUGUCACAAGUAUAUAACCGAGAUGUAUAUAUCAAUUUUGCUUUGGCCGCAUAUGCCCAAUACCUGGUUUUUGUGCUGUGGUUGCAUUUUAAAAAGAAGUUUCAUGCAGCUCUGUUAUUUGUAAAUUAAUUUAUAUAGGUAUGGUAAUGUGGUACAAUAAUUAUUUUGUCAACACACAUCAACAACAACAAAAAAUUGGUCCGCCUCCAUAGCACAGCGGUAGUGUUAGCACCUAUCACGCGAAGGGGCCCGGGUUCGAUUCCCGGCAGGGGACUGGGUGUUGUGUGCCCUUCAUCAUCAUUUUCAUCUUCAUUAACAUCCAGGUCGGCGAAGUGGCGUCAACUAAAGACUUACAACAUGGCAGCCGAACCCCGAAGGGGAUAUCCCGGCCAAUAAAUGCCAUACGAUCAUUUCAUUUCAACAAAAAAUUGUGACUGAAGAAAUAGAGCAUUAAGAUUGUUUUCAUCAUAUCACUCGUUACAUCUUUUGUGGGGACAUAUUGGCUCAGAGCAUUGAGGAUAGAAUUUAUUUAGGCGUGUCAGUGGUGCAUGUAAGCUACCGCAUUAAUUAAGCCAGGAAGAAAUGAAACCAACAGUAUCAGUGAAUGUUAUUUAAGUUAAUUGGUGUAUAUGUAUAUUUAUGUGAGCUGCUAUUUCUUGCCCAAACAGUAUCUGAAUAGUUGGUUUCCCACUGUUCUCUUUGCCCACUCAGUGUAUGUGUGACGGUAGUGGGGAUUUAGGGAAAGUAUUCAUUUUGCACAUUGUAAUUUUUAUGUUUUACAACUGCCUAAAAGUUGAGACAUUACUGUCACAGGCAGUUACUUUGCAUGUUUAAUUAGCAUUAUUGUAAUAUGUACAAACUGAGAUAAAAUGGUGCUAGAUACUCAGCAUUGCAUUAUUGUUCAAGAGUUUAACUCAGCUAAAGUAAGUUCAUAAUUAGUUUGAUUGUGAAUCUGGAAAAUACUCUGGACAGUGGACAUUUGUUUCCAUAUUAUUUUUAUUGGAGGUAACAGGCUAUAUAUAGAGCAGGUUUUAAUAGUUAGAAAUUGAUAAGCACUGUCACAGUUUGCACUGACAAACAUACACGAUGUGACCUCUCAUAUUGACUGAAACCAACCAAAGAGAUACAGAUCUGUUCAUUUGUUAAACAUAAGUAUUUCCACAUUUUUAAUUGCAAUAUAUGCUUGAACAGCAGCACUGCAUUGUUAAUGUUUCCUUUGCUUAGUAAAUAAGUGUACUUUACUAAUUGUCACUUCUCAUGGCAUAUUUAUUAGACAAGAGAAUGCAGUUGUACAGUGUGUUAAUUUAAUUUAUUUUUUAUACAAACAAUCUAUAUUAUACACUGAUAAAAAGUAUGGCUCUACUUAUGAAAUUAACACAUGCAGUAGCAGAGAAAGAAAAACAGGAAAGUCAGUGGAUUCAAAAGGAUUGGCACCAUAAGAUUUUUCUUUUACCAGACAAGGGGGGUAGAUUUGGUAUGUAGUAAAAUGAAAUACUUACAUAAAAUUAUCCAAAUCCUGAAAAAAAAAGUUUAUUGAAUAAUUACAAACACCUACUAAUUUGAUCCUGCAUUGUUAGGAUUGAAAACCAAUCCUGAGAAAAAAAAGAAUGAAGAUGAUAAAAAUUAAAUAACUGAGUGUGUGGUAAGUGUUGUCUUAAUAUCACAGAAUUUUCAUACUUGAUAUGCCAGAGUUUGGCUUGAAAAACAGUCUUUAACAUUUUAUUAUUGUCCUACAUUGUGUAUUCUCUUACUGUUUCCCACACUGUUGCCUCUUCAUCACUUUCUCUUGAAGAAAGAAGUUUUGGUUCUUAAAUUUUGGUAUUUCAUUUACUUCUUUUUUUCCAGCUGUGUUACUUCAAUAUUUAAUUACACAAAGAACUGUUUUAUCUGCAUUUAGAACUUAAUUUAUAUAAUUGUGCAUUUACUUCCAGUCACUGUAAAUUUCAGCUUUGCACGUAAAGCUAUUUUCAUAUUGGUCAGGAUGAUUAUAUGACUGGCGGUACACAACUUUACUGUUUUCUGAGGCACUGUUCCUUUCACUUCAGAUAACACACACAUUCAUAUUAUUAAUCAUACUUGUUCCUAAUACAAAACUAUGUUGCUUUCGCAUUCAAAUUCACGUGUAUAUAGAUAAUCAAGUGAAGCUUUUAAACCGUUGAUACAUGAAUACCAUAUACCAAAGCCAUAAGGUUAAAAAAAUGUAAAAUGAUGAACUCCUUUCUAAUCGGAGUCAUCACUUGUCUGUGAUGUGAUAUCAGUAUCUGUUAUGUCUAUCCUUCAAUACGCAAGAAAAUGUUUUUCACCAAUAAAACCUUUUGCAGAGCUUGUUUUGAUAUGUGCUACAUCAUAAAGUAGCACAUAAAUGAUGUGAGUAAAAUGAUCAGUAUUAUGCUAAUCUGGUGAUUGCAUUUGUAUAUAUUUUGUAGAUUACAUACAAAAAUGUGUUAUCAGUGUAUAAAUGUGUACAAGUGAUUUGAUAAUGUUUAAUUUUUUUAGAAGUAUUUUGAUAAAGAAUUCAUAAAAUCAAGAAAGUUUUAUAUGUGGUGUACAUAUAGCACAAAAAAUUAUGUGAAUUGUAACUUUGAUUUUCAUGGUUCAGUAAUUCUGAAACAAAAAUUUUAGGCUGAUCUUUAUAUUCGUUUGCGGUUUCUUCAGCCAGAUGAUUCUUUAUUGAUCAUCACUAUAUAGAAUGCCUAUGAUACAAUAGGUAACUCAUUAACAGUUAUGUAAUAGUCACCUAUUUGCCACAUGUAAGAUAAAUGUGUAGCUUCUAAUGUGCGUCAUGAUUUCUGCUGAUAUUAAUGGGAAAAAUGUAUACAGUUAAACAAUGACUUUUACCAGCAUAACUGUAUAAUUUUCUGUAAUAGAGGACUGUUCAGUUGCUCAUCCUAAUCUAGUAAGUACAGUAAAAUGUUACACAGAAGUCUAGAACAGGUAUUUUGUCAAUCUUCAGAGUGUUAUCUGUUGCUUCCUUGCUUCCAUUUCAAUGAAAGGUCUUUUUUUUUCUUUUUUAGGAAAGGAAAUUUUCAUAUAAGUUAUGUAAUUCAUGUCCUGGAUAAUACAAGAAAUUAUUAGUUCAUUAUCAAUGACUAUUGCAUAUGUUUGUUCUAAGAAUUGAAAGCUGGGUGCAGUACUGCACAACUUAGUAUUUGGCAGAAACCCAUCUGCAUUUGUAAAGCAGUAGACACACAUGCUACAGUAUGAAUGAAAUGUUUGUUGUUACAUUCAUAUCGAGCAGUGACAUUUAUUGGUUUCUGUGGCUGUGUGUCUUCUUGACAGGACCCCAGGGGUAGAUUCGAUUUAUAGAAACCAUCUAUAUGUCGAUGUAAGUUAAGGUACAAGAUCGGACCCUGCAACCAUUCACCUUAGUGGACCCUCAUUUGCGAAUAACCAGUGAAAAAAAAUUUAUAGUUUCCCGUGAUCCUCUAGAACUUUAAAAAUAGGUGUCUUUGAGCAGACUUAAGGCAUAGUGUAAUGGUUAACGUGCUUUUCUCCUAUACAGAUGAUUGUGGGUUUGAAUUCCCUCAGGUGGUUUGAAAUUUUUUAAUCCUUAUUGAAAUGAUUUUGAUCAUUAUUUUCAUUCAGUUAUUUGGUUUAAAUAUAAUUUUUUAUUGCUAAUGCUUUGAGAUGGAAUUUUUAUCAUUGAUUUAACUUAAUGAUUUGCUCUCAUUCUUUCUUUCUUUUAUGGUUUUUCCAUUUGGAAUCUAUGUGCAUGUGUAUUUAAUUAUUUUUACUUAUCUGUCAUAAUAUUUAAACAUUUGAAAAUAUCGAUCUGUCAGUUAAUAACAAAACAAAAAAAUAAUGUAUUUCUACUGCUGAUACAGUGGUGUCAAAAAUGUUUUUUUUUUUUGUAUAUUUAUUGCCAUACAAACAUUUAAAAAAUAAAUUCUUGUUGCGCUAUAGAGAAAAUAAUGCAGAUGAAGAUUUAAAGGAAAGAAGGAAUUUAAGUAAAACAAAAUGAAAGUAUUACAAGUAAAACAAAAUUCAAGGAAAAUGAGGAACAGAAAUAAUGAAUGCAAGAAUAUGGAUGAAAAUAUAAGAUGGUAAAACAGAAGAAAUUCAAUUGACGUUAAUACACAACAACAAUUAAAAUCAUGUGAACAAAAUUCUAAAUGAAAGGAAGAAGCAAUGAGCAGGAAUCGAAAAGUUAAUAUGAUGGUUAAAAUGACAUGAAUAAGGGUUAGGAGGGAAAAAAACAUUUAAAUCGAUUACUUGAAUAAAAGUAAUGACAAAAAACAUUUCAGUGAAGGCUAAAAAAAAUCUCAAAGCACCUGAUGAGAUUUGAACCUACUGCAUAUGGGGAAUGCACCUUAUCCAUUACGCUACAUUGACAAUGUGCGUACCACUGCUAUUUUCAAAGCUCAAGUGUAUGAAAUGAAAUUACAAAGUUCUUUCUUGUUGAUUACUUGCAAACAAUGGCUCACCAUGCUGCAGAAUGUGAUACCUGCAAAAUCUUAACCUACACAACUGUAUAGAGUAUUUCAAAAAGUCAGUCCCACCCCUGGGGACUUCUCCUUGUUGGACUACAAAGAAAAACAAUUUUUAUUCCAUUUGCCAGUACCCUUGAACUUUUUUCAUGAUAUGAAGCUGAAUUGAAAAUAUGUGAAGCUUUCACUCACAGUGCAUUCAUCUGAGCCAUUCUUGUCUCAAAAGUAAGCACUUAAUAUCGGAUACCAGUGUUAGGACUUACCAUGGAAGGGCCAAUGCUAAAAAUGUGAGAGUUACAAAAGCACACUGUUUACUACACAUACACCAGGAGAAUCUGCAGUGGCUUGUUGGCACUCCAGCAUGUGCCAGCACUUCAUCCGGAACUAACGAUUGGCCCACAAACCGUACAAACAAUGAAAUGGCUGAAGUUUGUCAUCAGAACUUGGUUACUUGUAUUGUGCAUAUGCACAGGGCACAUUUCGUUUACUGAGUCCCUUGCACGUCAGACAGAGUAAAACUAGUGGCAUGAGCAUAAGACUUAGUUGAAAUUUGAAAGAUUAUACUAACUUGCUACCUCAUAAUGAUCUUUUCUUUACACCAAUUUUAAUGAUGAAUCAACACUCAUAUCUAACUUAGCUCUGCUGCCACAAUGAUAUUAAGCCAGCCACAGGGAGGGAAGGGGGAGGGGAGCUUGUAAAUAUAGAUUACUUACAAAAAGGAUUGUAAAGAUCUGUAGUUUAUUUCAUGUUGUUGUUGUCUUCAGUCCAGAGACUAGUUUGAUGCAGCUCUCCAUACUACUCUAUCCUGUGCAAGCUUCUUUAUUUCCAGGUAGCUACUGCACCCUACAUCCUUCUGAAUCUGUUUAGUGUAUUCAUCUCUCAGUCUCCCUCUACGGUUUUUACUCUCCAAGCUGCCUGCCAAUACUAAAUUGGUGAUCCCAUGAUGCCUCAGAAUGUGUCCUACCAACCAAUCCCUUCUUCUAGUAAGGUUGUGCCACAAAUUUCUCUUCGCCCCAGUUAUAUUCAGUACCACCUCAUUGGUUACAUGAUCGACCUAUCUCAUCUUCAACAUUCUUCUGUAGCACCACAUUUCAAAAGCUUCUAUUCUUUUCUUGUCUAAUGCAUCUAAUGCUACACUCCAUACAAAUACUUUCAGAAAUGACUUCCUGACACUUAAAUCUAUACUCGAUGUUAACAAAUUUCUCUUCUUCAGAAAUGCUUUUCUUGCCAUUGCCCAUCUACAUUUUAUAUCCCCCCUACUUUGACCAUCAUCAGUUAUUUUUCUCCCAAAUAGCAAAACUCAUCUACUACUUCAAGUGUCUCAUUUCCUAAUCUAAUUCCCUCAGCAUCACUUGAUUUAAUUAGACUACAUUCCAUUAUCCUCGUUUUGAUUUUGCUGAUGUUCAUCUUGUAGCCUCCUUUCAAGACACCGUCCAUUCCAUUCAACUGCUGUUCCACGUCCUUUGCUGUCUCUCACAAAAUUUCAAUGUAAUUGGCAGACUUCAAAGUUAUUAUUUCUUCUCCAUGGAUUUUAAUUCCUACUCCCAAUUUUUCUUUUGUUUCCUUUACAGCUUGCUCAAUGUAUAGAUUGAAUAACAUUGGGGAUAGACUACAUCCCUUUCUCACUCCCUUCCCAACCACUGCUGCCCUUUCAUGCCCCUCGACACUUAUAACUGCCACCUGGUUUCUUUACAAAUUGUAAAUAGCCUUUCGAUCCCUGUAUUUUCCCCCUGCCACCUUCAGAAUGUGAAAGAGUGUGUUCCAGUCAACAUUGUCAAAAGCUUUCUCUAAGCCCACAAAUGCUAGAAACGUAGGUUUGCCUUUCCUGAAUCUACCUUCUAAGAUACGUCAUAGUGUCAGUAUUGCCUCACGUGUUCCAACAAUUCUAUGGCAUCCAAACUGAUCUUCCCCGAGGUAGGCUUCUACCAGCUUUUCCAUUCGUCUGUAAAGAAUUCGUGUUAGUAUUUUGUAGCCGAGGCUUAUCAAACAGAUAGUUCAGUAAUUUUCACUUCUGAUCAACACCUGCUUUCUCUGGGAUUGGAAUUAUUAUAUUCUUUUUCAAGUCUGAAGGUAUUCUGCCUGUCAUGCAUCUUACUCACCAGAUGGUAGGGUUUUGCCAGGGCUGGUUCUCCAAAGGCUACCAGUAGUUCUAAUGGAAUUUUGUCUACUCCUGGGGCCUUGUUUCGACUUAGAACUUUCAGUGCUCUGUCAAAUUUUUCACACAAUAUCAUAUCUCCAAUUUCAUCUUCACUGGUGUCCUCUUCCAUUUCCUUAAUAUUGCCCUCAAGUACAUCGCCCUUGUAUAGACCCUCUAUAUACUUCUUUCACCUUUCUUCUUUCCCUUCAUUACAUAUAACUGGUUUUCCAUCUGAGCUCUUGAUAUUCAUACAAGUGGUUCUCUUUUCUCCAAAGGUCUCUUUAAUUUUCCUGUAGGCAGUAUCUAUCUUACCCCUAGUGAUAUAUGCCUCUACAUCCUUACAUUUGUCCUUUAGCCAUCCCCACUUAGCUAUUUUGCACUUCCUGUUGAUCUAAUUUUUGAGACAUUUGUAUUCCUUUUUGCCUGCUCCAUUUACUGAAUUUUUGUAUUUUCUCCUUUCGUCAAUUAAAGUCAAUACUUCUUCUUUUACCCAAGGGUUCCUGUUAGCCCUCUUCUUUUUACUUUCUUGAUCCUCUACUACCUUCACCAUUUCAUCUCUCAAAGCUACCCAUUUUUCUUCUCCUGUAUUUCUUUCACCCAUUCUUGUCGAUUGUUCCCUAAUGCUGAAACACCCUACAACCUCUGGUUCUUUCAGUUUAUCCAGGCCUGUCUCCUUAUUCCCACCUCUUUGCAGUUUCUUCAGUUUUAAUCUACAGUUCAUAACCAAUAGAUUGUGGUCAGAAUCCAUAUCUGCCCCUGGAAAUGGCUUACAAUGUAAAAUCUGGUUCCUAAAUCUCUGUCUUACCAUUAUAUAAUCCAUCUGAAACAUUCGAGUGUCUCCAGGCCUCUUCCACGUAUACAACCUUCUUUCAUGAUUCUUAAACCAAGUGUUAUCUAUGAUUAAGUUAUGCUCUGUGCAAAAUUCUAGCAGGUGGCUUCCUCUUUCAUUCCUUAACCCCAUUCCAUAUUCACCUACUACUUUUCCUUCUCUUCCUUUUCCUACUAUCGAAUUCCAGUCCCCAAUGACUAUUAAAUUUUCGUCUCCCUUCACUAUCUGAAUAAUUUCUUUUAUCUCAUCAUACAUUUCUUCAAUUUCUUCGUCAUCUGUGAAGCAGUGCUACUGUGGUAGGGGUGGGCUUCAUGUCUACCUUGGCUACAACAAUGUGUUCACUAUGCUGUUCGUAGUAACUUAUCCACGAUCCUGUUUUUUUUUUUAAAUUUUUAUUAUUCAUUAUUAAACCUGAUCCUGCAUUAUCCCUAUCUGAUUUUGUAUUUAUCACCUGACCAGAAGCACCCUAUAAAUAUGUAAUGCUAUUUGAUGUUACAGAUUCAAAGGGGUCCCAAAACAUUUGACAUUGAAUGUAAUGGCUAUCUUCAAUCCAUACAGAAGGAAUUUCUUAUAUUGUACAAAUCAUAAGGUGGAUAUGUGGAUUUCUUUUGAUAUGGCUUAACUACGUAGUUUCAUUGAUGUUGUUGCAGCAUAGAAAAUAAGACUAAACUUCAUGUAUUCCUGCUUUCCAAUGCUGCAAUAAUAUAUCUCAUAUUUCCAAGUCUCUUUAAUUAGGAAGCUAAUCAUCAUGUUACUAGGGACAGAAGAAUUUAAUGUUUUGUAUGACAAACAGCGAAAAAAUCUCAUAGUAGCUAUGUAAGAGGCAACCAAAGAUAGAGAUUCACAUACCUCAUUAAAGAGAAAAUAUCUUGCAUGGUACUCACAUUGCACUUUUGUAUAAGAACAAUAAUUGGCAUUGAAAAUAAUUAUUGAAUUGGUUGCAUUGGUACACUGAGGAUAAAUGCACCCUUAAGAACACAAGGAAAUUGUGACAAAUAUGAUUACGUGUAAAUUAGUUGGGCUGGAUUAUGGAAAAAUUGAGUUUUUCCUUUUGAAGGAAUUGGACACUAUCCACUAGAAGUGAUCUAAGAAAACAAAGACUACUGUAAAGCAGUGAGUAGACAUGGAUUUAAUUUCUGCCUCUCAAUAAGAAUCCAGUGAAUUGGCAAAUCUAGUGUUUGAUCAUAUUUUUCAAUUUAGAGGCAGCUGGAUCUAAUGAGGAAGACGAAUAUGAGAAAAAUAAUAUACAUUCAAAGAAUAAACCCAGCAUCAAGGCAGCUCUUGCCAUCCAGUCCUUGUCUGUUAAUCUGCUGUCCAUGAUGGUUGAAUCUCAAAGAAAGAUGACAAACAGUUACCCCUCAGUUUUAUAACAACAGUCCAUGUUAAUUUCUAUCUUAUGCUAGGCAUUAGUUAUUUGUACAUUAAUAAUAUUAAUUUUUAGCAAUUGUUACCAAAGUAGAGACAUUCCUGUUUUUGUGGUGUUACAGUCAUUGUAUACUUGAAAACAUUUAUUGCAAUGUCUGAGCGUGCUAGCACACACUAGAAAGAAUUUAUUGCUUUCAUCUAGAAGACUACAUUGAAAAUGUGUUAUGGGAGUGCUAUGAGCUAUGCAAAUUAUUUUUAAAGACUGGAAAUGAGAAUCUGCCAUUAAUACUUAGCGUAGUUAAUACAGUUGUGUAGUUAUAUGACAGUUUAAUUUCAUGCAUACGAGAGGGAUCUCAGCCAUUUUCUUGCCAGUAUAGUGCAAAUAAGGCCCUAUGAAUUUACUAAGGAUGAUAAUUUCCGCAAAUCAUUGGUACCAGCAUGUAAAACAGCACCAAAGACUUGUUGUUUAAGCAAAAGAAUUGUCACCUUCAAAAUAAUUUUAUAUUACACAAACAAGAAUAUAGUUAUGUCCAUAAUCAUCACUUCAUAUAAUUGCUAUAUCCUUAUACACUACUCAUGUUGCAAUAAAACUGCAUUAUUUAUACAGUUUUGGAUAUAAAAGACACAUUUUAAUGAGAACUAUCACUGUCGACACAUGUAGUAAGUUCACAAUUUGUGUUGUUCAUUUUUUGUUGUGGAGUUCACAUUUGUUUCUCAGAUGAUGUAGAAGAGACAAAUCAAACCCAGUGAUUUGUAACUAAAAUGCCAGAGAUGCAUUGACUGAUCUGUUGUAGUUCGUGUCUACUCGUAACAUGUUCUGGCAAACUGCAGCAUGAAAUAUAGUUUUUGUGUCAUUCAGCUUAUCCGUUUCAUUAUAAUGUAUAUAAAAAAACACUUAACUGAAUCAUGAAAGACAGAUCAGCUGUAUUCACAACAAAACUGAAAAUUUUAUAUUGACAGUACCACACAAUACCGAUUUCAGGUUUUAACAUUGUGGAUGAAACAUAUUCAAAAGAAAUCUAUCUUGUGCAAGAGAGGAAAUGGAGUGAACAGACUCUAGCAAUGCAUGAAAUUUUGGGAAGAGUCAUAAAUGUGAAAAAGUUUGCCCCAACACCAAAGCAAAGCAUUAACUUACAGAUAGAGAGGCCAUUACAAGUAAUGGCCAUAAGGACUCAUUACAAAACAAUUCUAAAAAAAGUGAGGAACCACAAGGUGUGUAGGAGCAGUAAGAGUAAGCUAGUAACGAUGAUAAAUAAGAGUAACGGAUAGACAAAUAGGCAGUAGAUGAGUUAAUUUUAAGGUCACAGCAUGUGAAAAAGUACAUUUCAAAAUAGCAGUUUUGAGAUAAGAGAAUAGGUGAAAUAGUUUGACUUGAAGGCAAAUGCGAUAUGGGUUGAGACAGGAAAAGGGGGGGAGGGGGGGGGGGGAUUUGUUAUUUAUAGGUUAUAAGAAGGUGACAGCAUGGAUUAAGUAAGGUGACAGGAAUGAGUGUUAAGGGUAACUUUAUGUGCUCUAGGGGAGGACAAGCCAAAGGAAAUUAAGGCGGAAAGGAAAUCCGUAAGGAAAUUAACGCAGAAAGAAAAGGAAUAUGUGCGUGUUGGUGCUGGGGGUAAGUUCAUGUGAUUUGACACACAUACAGAUUACUCCCAUAGAGCAAGCAUCAUAAAAAGCAAAACCUGUGUUCUUUAUUCUCUGAAUGCUGAGGUGUGUAUAAAUGAUUGUGUAUAAUCAAAAAUUAAAUUUGAUGGUAAAUUUAAAAUGCUUUUACGCAAUGCUCCCUCAGACAGUAUUGUCUGUUAAAGUUAGUGCUGACUGUAAGUAAGAUGAUAUCAGCCUGUUGAGUCUUCCACUGCCCCCCCCCCCCCCCCCCCCCCCCCCCAUCAUACACAAUAAGUUUCAAGUUACAGUGUGGUGUUGGAGAAGUACUCACUUGGAACUCAUGCAUGUUCUCCCGUUUCCUUUUGUAGAUAGAUUUCUCUUGGUACGUUUUGUGAAAAACUGUCUACAGCUUUUCCAUUUUAUUUUGUUCCUAAUGAGGAAUAUGUGUUACUUUAAAAUUGUUCAUAAUUGCAGAUAUUUUAAACAUUUUUUAGUAAUUUUAUUUGCACAAUUCAUGAAAUGAUACAGUAGGGUAAAAACAUUUGCCAGUCACCCAUAAGGCACUCAGAGAGAGAGAGAGAGAGAGAGAGAGAGAGAGAGAGGUGUGUGUGUGUGUGUGUGUUCCUUAAAUGACAGAUUCUUUGCCUUAGAUUGUCUUUCUCACACACUUACUCAGUUGUUAAAAUGUGGUAGAUUUAGUGGUGUUGAAUUUUUCUAUGCAGUUGAGUGUGUGACAGUGUAGAAAGUUCCAUUAUUAAAGGCCUGUUGUUUCUGGUGUAACACCCAGAUUUUCUGGGAAGUGCUAUAUCAGUAAGCUCAAAAAGAUUUUGUAUGGGAUAUAUUUUGUGUGUACUGCAGUAACUUAUCAUAUUUGCUUCAAAGGUAACGGAAAGGUCAACAGAUUUUAGUAUGUUCAAUAAAAUGUCACAUCUAGUCCCCAAUGUUCUGACAAACUUCACUGCUUUCUGCACAGCAUAUGUAACUGUGAAGUACUAUGUUUAUACUUCUUGAGACACUUUAAUUUAUUUCUGUAGUAUUGUCUGUUGUGUUGAUGUACUCUCUAUCCCAUGUUUUGGAAUAAAAAUUCGAGGCGUGUUUUUAUAUUCA